GCCGCCCCUGACCGGGAAGUGAACGGGCGGCGGUUCCGCUGCGCGGCGGCGCCCCCGGAGCCGUGGGGCUCGGCAUGGGCCCGGCCUGACGGAGAUGGCGGCGCCGAGCCGGACGCGGACGCUGCAGGUGGUGGACACGGAGUUCAGCGCGGACGCGGUGGAGUGGUGCCCGGUGGAGGGCUGGCACAGCAUCCUGGCCUGCGGCACCUACCACCUGCGCCCGCCCGCCCCGACCGACUCCCGAGGGAGCGACGGGGCCUGCGACCGCACCGGGCGCCUCUACCUGUAUCACUACAACGAGGAGCAGCCCUGCAUCCCGCUGAGCGAGAUCCAGCGCAUCGACACGGCCGCCGUCCUGGACAUCAAAUGGUGCCAUGUUCCUGUUGCAGAACACCCCAUGGUUGGCGUUGCGAAUUCGACGGGCGCCGUGGAGUUUUUCCAGCUGACGGGGAGCGAGAAGAAGAGCUGCAUGCUGGAGCCGUGCUUCAGGGCGCAGCUCGGCGCGCAGCGUCUGGCCUUGUCCCUGGACUGGUCCACAGCACGGGAGCAAUGCGGAUGUCCUUUGAGAGUGAUCAGCAGUGAUUCAGAGGGGAAGCUGAAUCUUCUCUCCAUAGAUGAAUCUGCUCCUUCUGUCCAUGUCCUGAACCAGUGGGAAGCUCACAAAUUUGAGGCCUGGAUCGCUGCUUUUAAUUACUGGGACACCAAUAUUGUGUAUUCAGGAGGAGAUGACAACCUGCUGAAGGGCUGGGACACCCGCUGCCGGCCAGAGGCUCCCAUCUUCACCAGCAAGAGACAUUCGAUGGGGGUGUGCAGCAUUCAGUGCAGUCCCCACCGGGAGAAUCUUCUGGCCACUGGCAGCUACGACGAGCACGUGCUGCUGUGGGACACCAGGAACAUGAAGCAGCCGCUGGCAGACACCCACGUGGAAGGUGGGGUUUGGAGGCUGAAGUGGCACCCGACCUGUGAUUUCGUGCUGCUCGCGGCCUGCAUGCAGAGCGGGUUCAAAAUCCUGGACUGCCGCGGAAGCAUGGCGGAAAACACGGAGGAAUGUAUCAUCCUGUCAUCCUAUGUCUUGCACAAUUCCUUGGCCUACGGGGCUGACUGGUCCAGGCUGUGUCCGAGGGAUUCCUGGACUGCAGCGCAGGACUCGGCUGCUGCGUGUCCGUCUGCGGAGGAGCUCGAGGGAAGAUCAGACGGGGGCGACGAGGGACUGAAUUUGCAGGUCCAAAACCUGAAGAUAAUUUAUGAGUCUCCUACAGCUACUUUUGAUGUAAUAUUGGAUGAGGAGAGCGAAGGCCCUGCCCUGCCACUCAAAGCAGAGGGGGGCCCUAAGCUGUCCGGGGAUCCUGACUGGGUUGGGAGGCCUGACUUAAGGGGGAGUUUAGGUUUGGUUGGGGGCCCAGAGCGAGGGGGAGAUCCUGAGUCAGGCAGCAGAUCUGACUCAGGAGCGAAGAGACCCAGCGGGACGGGCCUGGACAGAAGCGGUGAUUCAGCCAGGUCUCUAGACAACCCAAAAGAAACGAGCAUCGUAGCAACUUGUUCUUUUUAUGACAAUAUCCUCCAUGUCUGGAAGUGGGAGAUGAGCCUGGUGACCCCUGUGGGGCCGCCAAGUUCUAGAUCUCUGUUGGAAAAGACAGCUGGAGGUUUGCAUUGACCAGAACUGUGCUGAGAGUGAGCGCUGAGCUUGGGCUCUGAUUUCUGCUGGGCUUUUCCUGUUUUAUUGUUGAGCUUGUGAGCCUUUUAAGGCCAAUCCUGAUGGAAUUACUGGCGGUUUAUUUCCAGGGCUAAGAAAAGCCUUUGCUUUGAGGAGCAUGGUCAAGCACAGAUGCUUUUAUUUAAUUUUCCCUUAAUGUAUUAGUUCAAAGUGGGAAAGCUUUCCUGGCAAAGGUUGCUGCUUUUUACCUUAUAUCUCAAUCCCUUCAAGGCUGGUUUGCAUUUGUACAAUCAAGCUGUUAAGCCCAUUCUCCUGUUUCCAUCACAAACCAAACCUGUCUGCGCUGCUGCAUGUAGACAAAGUACACCACGUGUAGAAUGUGAUCUGAAGUUUCCCUGAAUGUCUCGGAAAAGCCCAUGAGUAGAGGCGUAGCUGCACGUGUAGCUUGUGCUGUGAUGUGUAGACUAGUGUGUGCCUUGAGAAGAUGCUCAAAGACAGUCCGGCUACUGACGUUGUACUUGUAGGGGUCUUCAGUAGAGAGAAAUUAUAUUUUUAGGAGGAAAUCCAGACUUGAACAGUGUGACAGGCAGCAGUGCGGUGAUGGGGAGCAUUGCUCUGAGGAGGGCAUUUCUUGGAGGGUUCUGGUGUCUCUGCACAGCCAAAUUUUACAUCAGCCUCAUCACCUGGUUGCAGUCUCACUUUUUCACUCCCCAAGCCAAGCACAGCCUGGUUUAGCAUAAAUAGCGCAGUGACCCCGCCGCAUUUUACUGCCAGACUUAACCCCCUUGUCCCCUGGUGCCCAGCUCGUGUUUUCUGCUCUCCACAGUGACACAUCAUGUAGGUCCAAAGUCAAAAUCUUUCCAUUUUUUUUAAAGGUAAACAGCUUUAAGAUCAAAACCUCCAAAAAGUACAGGCAGCGUUUGCUGAUGUCUUUUAAGUUCAAAGCAAGUUAAGUACAGAAACCAAAAUCUUAACAACAUUGCCCUGACUACCUCCAGGAAUGGCUGCGAAAUUUCUCAUGGUCGCUCCAUUAGAUUUCUUUUUCCACUGUGAAAUACCAGCAAACCCCUGUUUCUGGAACGUUUUCUCUAUUAUCUUCCUAGAAACAAAAAUACAGCUUAAACUAGGUAAGUAAUUUUUAGCCUGUGUGGAUUUUCCUUGAGGGUCCUAAAGAAUUAAUUGCCUGGAGGGAAAGAAACACCAGCAACAGGUAUCUGUGUGUAACAGUGCUGCAGCUCAAACGAGGUACAGCUGAUAAGAAUUUUACUGCUCUGAAACUCCUUUUUCAAGGGUGAAUGUGUAUUUUAGAAAAUAUCCUUGAGUGCUGUUACAUGAAGAUUCAUACUAGUAGUGUGAACAAGAGCUUUUGUUAAAAAAAAGAAACAAAAACCACCCUAUUUUUGGAUGUUUCUAAAAUAAAAUCAAUAUAAAUGA